AUGCUAAACAGAAAAGAAAUGUCUAAGUGUUUGAAAAAAGCUGUACUGAAGAAAGGUGAAAUGACAUUCAGACACAGUCCACAUACGAUGGCUUGUAAGUGGAAGGACACCAGGGAUGUGGCAGUGUUGUCUUCAAAACACAGGGCAACAGUAUCUGACCCUAAUGCAGUCCUUGAUUAUAAUAUAAACAAGACAGGUGUUGAUCGAAGUGAUCAACUUGUUGCUUACUAUCACUUCAAAAAGAAAAGUAUGAAAUGGUGGAAGAAGCUUUUCUUCCAUCUUUUCAUUCAAGGAAUAGUAAACAGUGACAAUGUAUAA